AUGACCCACGAGUUAACUCAGCGAGUUAAACGUUUGCCUUUCGCCCCGCGGCUAACGAUUAUUCAAGUCGGCCAAGAUCCGGCUUCAAACCGCUACGUACGCAGCAAAAUUGCUAAGGCCAAUGAGAUCGGGAUUGCUGCCACCCACGUCCAGACCAAUGCCUCAAUCAGUCAGAGCCAGCUCUUGGCGCUCGUGAAAAAACAUGCGCUGACUAGCGAUGGUCUAAUUGUUCAACUUCCGCUACCCCCGGGCAUCGAUGCUAAAAGAGUGCUUGAUGCCGUGCCGACCGAUCAAGACGUGGACGGGCUCUCAAGUUUUAAUCGGCGCGUAAUUCCAGCCACUCCGCGGGCAAUUUUAGCGCUUUUAGAUUUUUACGGCGUUCAGUUAGCCGGCCGCUGCGUUGUUGUGGUCGGCCAGUCGCGUCUAGUCGGUCGACCCGUCGCCGACCUUUGUGAAAAAAAAGGGGCCCAAGUAAUUCGUCUUGACAAAACGACUGGUCUAGGCCAAGCUAAGUUAGCUGACAUUUUAAUCGUGGCCGCCGGCGUACCCGGUCUAAUCAAAGCCGAGCACGUUAAAAAGGGCGUCGUGAUUAUUGACGUUGGCAUUAACGAAAUCGGUACUUUGGACAGUCUGCGAAAGAUCGCUGGCGACGUGGAUAAAAAAUCGGUCCAGUCCAAAGCCGCCGCCGUUUCACCCGUUCCUUACGGAGUCGGUCCAGUCACAAUUUUGGCGCUUUUAACCAACUUAGUUGAACUAGUCAAACAGGCUCGUUAG